GAUCAUAUAUUUUAACAAUUAAAAUGAUGUUUAAAUAAAAAGGUCUUUACCUGGUGCCGAAAAACCAGUAACGACGGUGCCAGGCAGUUUAUGAUGUAAUAAGAGGAUUAGUCUAAUGUGGAGAAAUAUAUAGUAUGAUACUGAUCAUACUCGUAUGUACAUGUAGGAGUAUGGUCGAUACUGAAAGGCAGUUUGCUUGUUUUUAUUAUUAUUUAUAAGAUUUUAAAUGAUCUAUAUAAAUUCCGCCCAACCUCCCAUUUAAAACCACCUAGUGAAGACAUUUGAGUAGAUGCAGAAUGACUGUGGUGGGAGAGGCAGAAAACCAGGGGGGAGUGUGAAUGGAUUAGGGUGGCUGGAAAUCUGAAUAGGUGCGCUGGUUUUUGUACAAGAGCCCAUUUCUAGUUUAGGUUUUAUGCCUGUCUGACUUGGAGAAUACAAAGGGGACUUAACAGCAAAGUGGAUGGCAUCAAAAAAUAAUGAUGUCACAUGGCACGAAAUCAGCAUGAAAUACCUUGUGCAGCCCUCAAAUACUUUGUAGUAAUUGUCAGUAGCAAAGUUUUGAAAUGAUGCUAAAUAUUUUAAGAUUACAGCUCUGGUACCCUCCUAUCCCUGUUCCCACACACACUUUUAUUUUUGUGCACAGUUAACUGAUUCAGGAAACUUUUGGCAUAUUUGGGAAUCCACUUUCCAUUCUUGUCAAUAAGCCCACAAAAAUGUAGGGUUUUUAAAAAAUUGUCCUGCAUAGUAAAAAAGAAGCAGCCACUUUCUCUAUGGCCAGCAAGGAAACAUAUGAUAUAGUCUCUUAGCAGGCUAGUAAUAAAAGGAGCUUUCUACAAAAAGGGCUGGCAGAGUAGCGAUACAGCUGUGGGAUGGGCUUCAUUUCCCUCUCAGCCAGCAUGGAAAGUAAACAGAGGAGGAAGUCAGAGAUCUUCCCUCCUUCACCAGUCUAGUAGCUUACCUGCAUGUUGAUCUAUAGCUAUCAGGUGAAAGGUUAUCAGUAAAAGGCUGAUAAAUUAUUUUAGUGAGUGGGCCAGGUAAUAUAAUAUGUUUUGACUCAAUAAGAAAGUGUUGCAUAUUUCCAGUACUGCCCUGGGUUGAAAAUGCUGCACCCUGGUUUCAGAAUUUCAUCUUACUGAGUUUGUCAUGCUGUCUGAGGAUCAGUAUUAUGGGCCCUGUGCUUGUGCAGCACCUCAACUCAGGAAACUUGUAUAAGCUGAGGAAUUUGGAGUGGGGACCCCAUGUUCCCUUAGAUUGUCUUCAUCCACUAUAGUUUCUUCAUGAGGAAAUUUCUGGUCUUUCAGUCUGUGUUUCUUGCCUUGAAGUGAAGGCAUUUCCCUUCUUCCUCUUAUUGCUGCUGCCAUUUUUUAUUUAUCAUUAAUUAUAUUAAUAUUUUAUUUUAUUUUUGCACUCUUUCUGAUGGUUCACCACUGCAGGGUAUAGGGCACAUGAGGGGGUAAGCUCUUACUUCCAACAGCCAUUUCUUUUACUUUUUUGCCUAUGAGAGGCCUCAGAAGGUGAGAGCAUCUAAAUUUUCAAUCUGAAUUGCUCUUAGUUGUCCCAUUCCUUAAAUAAAAGAAAGAAGGAUAAUUCCUGCAAUACAGGAACUAAGCUGUUGCAUCCUCUACUUUGCGUGCUUCCUUGUCUGCUGGAAUCACCAGUAUCAUUUCGGUAGCAAGUUAGCACCUUUGUAUCAAGAUAGCACGAACAUCAGCUCAGGAAAAACUGUAGACCUGAGGUUCCUCUUCCAUUGCCACAAGAUUUUGAUAUGGUUAACAAGUGCUUAGUUUGGGAUCUUGGGACUGAAGUACUGAACUGGUACAGAAACAGUCUUUCACAUAGAGCUGCCUUCCAGAUACAUUUGGACAGCAACACCCAGAAUUCUUAGUCAAAUGUCCCUGCUGGAUUGGAAUUCUGGGAGUUGUUGUCCAAAUGCCUUUGAAGGAGAUCAAGAUAGGGAAGGCUAACCCUUUCAGCUGCUGAUACCUGAUGUUGCUUUCAUAUCAUCAGCUCAAUUGGUCCUGUCAACCUUUGUAUUGCUAUCCCAAACCACAGUGAGACCAUCAAUUUCUAUCCUAAGCACCUUCUGUAUUGAAAUGCCAGUACCAGCUUCCAAGACCUUGUGCUUUACAACGGGCUGUAAACAAUGUCCAGUGCUAAGCUUCUUAAGUCCACUGUCUAUGCCAGUUGGAUUUCCCUAAUCAUCUUCAUGAGCAUGGCUUGCCAUGUCAGAUGAAUCCAUGCAACAUGACUUGUUAAAGGGGGCAGCAAUCCUCAAAUAAUCCAUGGGCUGUUUUUUGCUAGUUUUCCUCCAACAAGCAUGCCAACCACAUUCUCUUCACUAUGAUCAUGUCAGUUGCAUCAUGGCUACAUUUGCUUAAUUGCACUCACUGGUGUCCCUGCUCUGUUGUCUGAACUCAGGAAGCAUGGCUUGUUGGUGGAGAUUUCCAUGGAAGUGUUUGAGUCAAGCCAGAUGCCUUUUGAAAACUAAAGCUGUGUUCUGGAAUUAAGUUUAUAGUUUGACAAGAUUAUUUAUUUAUUCAUAGAAAAUUAUUUAUCUGCUUAUCAUGAGGUGAAUAGUCAUUGAAACAGAUCACAAAUAUAAAAACAUAAUAAUACUGUCAUUAGUAUAAUUGUCAAAAAGAAUUCAGGCUAAAAGCAACAUUUAGAAAAAAUAGGUCCAGAGAACUGAAAUUAGGAAUGCAUAAGCAGCAGUAGUAUCAGAGCUUGUAUGAAAAGAUGCCUGUUCAAAUGCUGGAAAAUGAGGAAGGGAUUUUUGUGUACAAGGCAGUGGUAGUGGUACCAGAGGCAAGUUCUUGUGAGUUGCUACCAAAUAUACUUCGGAAAGCAAUAGUACAUGACAUAUGGUUAGAGCAGUUAAUGUAAAAAAUCUCUAAUUUCACAUGGGAGGAUAUGGACCUUCCAGUAGAUUGGUUCCCAUGCUAUUUAGUUUUAUGGUAUAACCAGCACUUUGAAACUAGCAGCCAGUCUGACUGAAAAAGUAAAAAUCAGUUGUUUUUAGACAUGCAUAUUUAACAGCAAUAUUUGUAAAUUGAGAUAGUGUUCAUGUUCAGAAUUAUAAUACACUUUUUCAGAGGUAUACUUCUCAUGGGAUACAUGUAGAUACUAGACAGUGACCAUUCCUAUAUGUCAUCUGGCCUUAGGGUUCAGAGGACUUAUAUUCUCUCCCAGGCACAAUUGAGAAUGUGAGCUGCAUUGUCUGCUGCUGAUGCAAGAAAUGGGUGGGGGAACUCAUGAAUCAAUCAGUUGGAAGUCAGAUAAUGCAGAACUGAUUGGCCAGGAAAGGGAGAGUGAUUAUCCACUUUAAAAAGCCAGAUGCUGGAAAUGGGCAGGAGUACAGAGAAGACAGAGAGUGAUAAAAGUUGUAUCAAGACAAAACUGGAAAUGGGCAGGAGUACAGAGAAGACAGAGAAUGAUAAAGGUUGUAUCAAGACAAAAGGAGAUGGGGGCGGGGAAGCAAACAAUCCUUCGGAAACAAAUUAUGGUAAAGCAAAAGUGAAGGACAGAGAAAGGAGCUGGCUGGAAAAGGAAAACAGCAUGGAUGUGUCGGAAUAGGAGUCAAAUCAGGAUUACGAAGCCAUUAACUUUUGCUGACUGUGUUGGUGAUGAACUGCCUUUAGGAUGGGAAACUGUUUACGACCAACAGAUUGGUGUUUAUUACAUGGACCAUAUAAAUCAACUCACACAGAUUGAGGACCCAAGAGAGCAGUGGAGAAGAGAGCAGGAACGCAUGUUAAAGGAAUAUUUAAUUGUUGCCCAGGAAGCUCUUAAUGCCAAAAAGGAAAUUUACCAAAUUAAACAGCAGCGUUUUGAGCUAGCGCAAGAAGAAUACCAGCAGCUGCAUAAAAUGUGUGAGGAUGACAGCCGUUCUUAUGCCAGCUCAUUCUCUGGAUUUUCAACCAAUACAAAAUAUGACCCAUGUCAAAUUAAAGCAGAAAUAGCAAGUCGACGUGACAGACUUUCUAGAUUAAAGCGAGAAUUAACACAGAUGAAGCAGGAACUACAGUACAAAGAGAAAGGAGUAGAGACACUACAAGAGAUUGAUCGUAAGAUGUCAAAUGCCCAGAUGAAUUACAAACUGGAUGAAGCCCAAGCUAUCAUGAAUGAGCUUCGAAGCAUCAGGAAAGCUAUUUGUAUGGGUGAGAGAGAGAGGCAAGACCUGAUGCAGAGUCUGGCAAAGCUGACAGAUGGAUUCAGGAAUAGCUGUUGUAUUACAGAAUCUUUGCAGGAGCUUCAGCAUAACUCUGGGUCACUCAGUGACCCCAGUUUACCUCAGCUGCACUCUGAUGCUUGUUCUCAAACUGAUAUUAUAGGAGAGGAAUGGACUUCUUACUCCAACAUGUUUGGUUUUGAUGAUAAAGCAAGACAUGCUGACAAAAUAAAAUUGAGCUGGCAGUAUGAAGAGGCCAAAAAGAGGGUUUUCAGUAUACAGCAACAAUUGGCUCUACAAGAUCAUGAAUAUUGGCCAGGAAUAGUGGAGGCUGACAGAGACCGUCUUCAGCUCAUCAAAGAGAAAGAAGCUCUUUUACAAGAACUACAACUCAUAAGUCAGCAGCAGCGGUCCCCAGAAGACAUCCAACGUUUAGAGGAGGAGAAAAGGCGCCUCGAGGAUGAGAUCCAGCAGGCUCAAGCCACUUCUUCUUAUGGUGCUGCUGAAAGGAUACUGCUACAGGAGAAGAAAAAUUGCUUGCUCAUGCAGUUGGAAGAAGCAACUCGUUUAACUUCCUAUUUAUAUUCUCAGUUGAAAAGCUUGUCUGCCAGCACCCUGACAAUAUCCUCUGGCAGCAGUCGGGGGUCAUUGGCAUCCAGCCGUGGAUCAUUGGCAUCCAGCAGGGGCUCUCUUAGCUCUGUUAGUUUCACAGACAUCUAUGGUCUUCCUCAAUAUGAGAAAACGGACAGUGCUACAGAAUAUGGGCAGCAUAUACGCUAUGAACCAAUUGAUUCUCAUAGCAAAGACAUACAAUAUAUUGAAUCUAUUGGGACUUCUAGUAGCAGUAAACAAAGAAGAUCUUUGGAUACACCUCUGUCCCUGGCAUCUCUGUCUUCACGGUCGUCUCUGUCUUCAUUAUCUCCUCCAAGUUCACCCUUAGACACUCCCUUCCUAUCUGCUUCUCGGGAUUCUCCAUUGGCCCAAAGGUCCGAAGGAUAUGAGGAGAUAAUGGGUACAGGUGCCUUAGAAGUACCCCGAGGUCAGGUCUCUGUUUUGGGUGAAGAUAAAGCACAAGAAAUGGUGUCAUCUAAGGCUCUUGAAUAUUCCACAGGCAAUGAAGGACUUCAGGAAUCAGGGCUGCAGAUGACAAAUCUUGCAAUCUCUGGAGCGGUGACCCUACGGGAAGACAGUGUUAGAAGGUCAGAAAGAAGAGCCAGGCGAGUCUCAGCAUGUCUGUCCAAUUAUUCACUGGCUAGUGACAGUGGCGUGUUUGAAGCUUUAAGCAAAAGGAAUGAGGAUGUUGAUGAAUUGCUGUACAGUGAUGCGUUCAGUAGUGAUGAGCCAAAAAUGCAAGUUGGAUUUCUGCAUGACUGUGGGAGCGAGUGUCUCUUGGUCCAUGUGUUGCAACUGAAGAAUUUUACUGGCAUUGCUAUGAAAGAAGGUUGCAAAAUACAUGUGAGAAUAUAUUUACCAUCUCUGGAGUCGGGCACAUCAACCACUUAUUGUUCUAGAGCUUUGGAUUUCCAGACUCCCUUAAUAUUUAAUGAAGUCUUCCAGAUCCCUAUACAUUCAAGUAGCAUGAAGCUAAAAUCAUUGCAGCUUUAUAUCUGUUCAGUUGGCCAACAUCAGCAAGAAGAACUGUUGGGCAUUGCACAGAUUAACCUAGCUGACUAUGAAAGUUCUAGCGAAAUGCAGCUUCAUUGGUUCCCUAUCCAGAUCUUCACUGGUUCAGAUCACGAAGAGACAAAAGACAAAGCCAAGUGUGAAAACAGUGUUUCUCAGUUUUUUGAAAACAAAAGUACAGUGAAAAUGGAUGCUGUGACUGCCCUUUUAGCUAGGACAACAGCUCAGCUGAAAGCAGUGGAGAGAGAGCUAGCAGAAGAGAGAGUGAAACUGGAGUACACAGAAGAAGAAAUUCUAGAGAUGGAGCAAAAAGAAGAUCAGCUGGAAGCUGUAUCAGAGAGGAGUUGGCAAGCAGAAUCGGUUGACAGUGGAUGUAGUAAUUGCAUGCAGAUCAGUCCACACCCAGAAUCCUAUUGUGGCGAAUCAUUACGUGGCCAUAUGUAUUCACCUCAGACAGAUCAGUAUACCCCUGGAAAAGUCCUGCCUCCCCCUAUAAAGGUGGAUAAGGAGACUAAUACAGAAGAUCUUUUCCCAGAAAAAGCAGUUUUGCUUCAUAAAAACCGAACUGGCCGUCGAUCCCGAGGGUCUGCCUUUGUUCGUAGUAGUACAAUUGUUCGUUCACAGACAUUCUCACCUGGUGCCCGAAGUCAGUAUGUUUGUCGACUGUAUCGUAGUGAUAGUGACAGUUCUACUCUGCCAAGAAAGUCACCCUUCAUCCGAAAUACUUUGGAAAGACGUACACUGCGUUACAAGCAGCAAUCAUGUAGAUCAUCUUUAGCUGACCUUAUGGAAAGGACAUCACUAGACCUGGAGCUGGAUCUCCAGGCAUCCAGGACACGGCAGAGACACUUGAAUGAGGAAUUGUCUAUUCUGAGAGAGUUGCGGCAGCGCCUGGAGGAUGCUCAGCUAACGGGUCAAACAGAUCUGCCUCAUUGGGUCCUUCGGGAUGAUCGAUUCCGAAAUUUGCUGAAGGAGGCAGAAAGGCAGACAAGACAGACCAAAUUUGAGUAUCAUCAAAAACAAGCAGCUGAAAAAUUGCUUAAAAAAGCCUCCAAAGAAGUAUACCAACUGCGUGGUCAAAACCAGAAGGAACCUAUCCAGGUGCAGACCUUCCGGGAGAAGAUGGCAUUCUUUACAAGGCCAAGGAUCAACAUACCACCUCUGCCAGCUGAUGAUGUAUGAAUUGUUACUUUGUAAACAUGAAGUAUUUAUCUGCCUCUUCCUAUUUUAAAAUGAAGUUAUUAAACUAGUUAAGUUUAUUUUUAAAAAUCUUUGUGCAAAAAAUAUUAAUAUACACCUUUUGUAAAAAAUAAACAAAAACAUAUAUAUAAAUAUAUAUACAUAUAUAUUUUAUAAUAGUGACCACAGCAAGGCUUGGUUUUUCCUUGUUGUGAAACUGACAUCUCUGAAGACAACUUAUUUUAUAUUAAAACAAAUCAACUAUCCUGUUAGAGCGUGUACAGGUUUUAGGCUGUUUUAUUUGAUUUAAAAGGCUGGAAGACAGAAACAAAGUGAGUUCAGGCAAAUUCACUGUAUUGUAAUUUAUUUAUAGUAAUUUGUUUUCCUUGAAGGAAAAUAUUUACUUUAAGAUGUAUUUUAAAAAACAGAAAAUUUUGUUACUCAGUAUUUGUCAUACAGUAGAAUGGAACCAUUGAGCAGGUUUUGUUUCUGAUAGCUGACAUGAAAAUAGUAUGUUCUAAAUUUGUCAGUUUUUUAAUUAGCUUUAUUGUCUGCAUCUUAUAAUGUAUUUUUGGCACUGUCUUGAUAUCAAAAUAUCACCUGCAAUGUUUCUUUUUAAGAAUCUAUUAAAAUGCCAUUAAGCAUCGCAGGGCACAACUGCAUGUUCUUAUUGUGCACUAGUAAAUUCUUCUCACUUCGGUUGUGUCAAAUAUGUCUUAUAAUUUUUAAGUAGUUUUGUUUUGUUUUAACGAGGGAAAGAAGAAGGUGACAUGUCUCUGUAGCUUUUCUUUUUUGGAAAGUGCUUGUGCGUUUCCUGUAUCAGUAAUGUACUAUUUGAACAGUUCUACUAUUUGUCUUUUCCAUAAUUGUUUAGGACCUCAUUUAGGGAAUCAUCCCAACAAACACAGGACUCUGAGUUUCCUUAGAUUUCCUCAUAGAUCUUGCAUUCCAAACUUCAGUAUCUUCAACAAACUGCAUCUUAAAGUGUGUUUUAAAACACUUAAAACCAUGGUGCAUCCUGUGCUGGUCCUUGUGUCCAGCAAAGUGGGACAUAUAUUGCAUGGAGAGUAAUUGCCAUAGAUUCAACACUUCACAUAGCAAGCAUCAUAACCAAGAUGUGAAUGUUGGCAAUAGUUAAAAAAAGGCUGUAUCAACUCUGGACAAUAGAAAAAAAUCCAAGUUGUAUACCUGCUAGAAACCUCUUCUCUUUCUGAGCCAUUAACAGACAGCACCUCCAUUGAGAUAUUCAGGUUUUUUGCUAUCAAUUUCCAUAAAGCUUCCAACAUUGUUUGCUUUAAUUAAAACCCAGGAGUUUCAGGAUUCCACAUCUGCUGCUAUGCAAAGUUUAAUUAUGUGGAAUAUUCUUUGCAAUUUUACAAAUAUUCCUCAAAAUGCUACUGUCCAAACAGUGGUAUAUUUGUGGUGCAUUUUAAUGCCUUGUUAAAUCUUUAGUAUAGUUCUUUCUUUUGGUUCUAUUCAUGUCCAUUCUUUUUUCUUUAAUAUUGUUUGAUUGCUCAAACUAAACUAUGUUAAAAUUUAAUCCCAACUUCUGUAGUGUUGGCUGUCUCCUAAAUAUCAAGAAAGGUUUAAUGUACAUUUUCCCUUUUUCCAAUGCUAAAGUUUUCUGCUGUUGAAUAGUAUUUUUCUCUCACAUAGAACUGAGACUGUUGUACUGAGUGCAUUUUCACUCUUGCUAGGACAGAAGAACAUGCUAAAGUAGUUAGAGUUGUUUUAGAAAAAUUAUUCAUUCUUCAAGUCAUUCUUCAAUGCAUUCCAUAGCAUUGGAAGAAGUUCACUUGGGCUUUAGGGUAACUCGUAGUUUUUGUUAGUUAAAAUCAGGCUGUCACCUUAAAUUCCUGAAAGUACAACUUUGUGUCUUGAAAAUGUAUGAAAGAAUUGUAAUAUUCUGUGAAGCUUUGGAUACCCAAAGAAACCUGUCCUAUAAAAGGUCAGCUACCCUUUUGGGACAUUAAUAAGUAGUCAAGACAAUUUUUAUAUAGGAUUCUGUCAAGUCAAACUUUGGUUUUACUUAAAUAAAAUCAGACUGUGCCUUAGGGAGACCUGAUACCAAAGAAGGCUGUUAGGCUAGAAACAAGCUAACGUUCCCUAUAGUAUUUGGAACUCAAGCUUUGUGUUAAGAUCAUGAGAACACAAUCAUUAAGUUGUUUUUCAUAAUCUGCAUCUUGAGGUAGUGAUAAACUGCAUAUAGUGUAAAUUAUUAAUUCCAGAUUAAAGACUAACAGUGCAGGCCUGUGCAUUUCUUCAAGUAAUGCCCACUGAAUUCAGUGAUGUAUCUGUACAAAUAUGGAUAGGAAUUCAAACUGUGCAUGUUAAACUAAUGUUUUGGAAGAUCAUGCUUCACCUGACAGAUGUUGCAAGUUUUCCAGAGCUGGUGAAACUAAAAAUAGGAAUGUUUGGCAUUAUCAGCACUGACUGCUCUAAGAAUAUCUGCUGGGUGUAUUAAAAAGUGUCCUGUGUCUACAAAAGUGAUCCCAGAAUACAAAAAAAAGUUAAUAGGAAGAAUAUUGAUAUUGAUGCCUAAAGGAAAAUCAUCUGGCAAUUGCUCUAGUAGUUCAGUACUUAGGAAGACUCCGAGUUAGUCGCUUAUAUGGUUUUUUAAAGUGUCAGUAUUUUCCAACCAUUAUCUGGGGAUGGCCUAGAACUGCUGCAUUUUAUUCCUAUAUGAUUCAUUUGGGUUACAAUUCGGCAGCUGUAGUCCUCUUUCCAAAAGGUUGUAGACAUAGAUUCACAUUUCUUUUCAAUGUGAAAAAGGAUUAUUGUUUAUGCAGAACAUUUUCCACUGCCUUUUGUGUACACUAAUUGUGAUAAAGAGCAAUCAGUUCAAAACGAUUUUGCCUCCUAUAAUGACAAAUCAUGAUCUAUUUUUGUUUGUGAAUGCCAAUUUUGUAUUCCAUAAAUGAUAACUGGUGCAUUGGAAUAUAAAAAAAGUUUUGAGGGCUCCUUGAUAAAAAUAUAUUCCUGAGUUAUAGCCACUGUGCUGUAUACCCAAAAUUUUUAGGGAGAACAAGAUUCUGACUGUCAAAAUGAAUACUAUUUUGGUGUGUUAAAAAGUAAUAUGCUCUGCAGUAUUCAUAUCUUGUGUUUGUCACAGUUUCCGAAUGAUUGUGUCAUUUGUAUUUGAAAAGUAUUCUGCAAAAUAAAGAAAAACUUGCCAUA